GUCCGUUCCUUCCGAGGGGUUGCACCCAAAUUUAAAAAACCUAUAUAAACUAGCUUUAGAUCUCUUUAAUUUUCUUUGCAUUAUAUUUUUCCCCGUUCCCUCCUAAAUAUAUAUACAUUUUUUUUUUUAAUUCAUUACCAUGGUUGCUUCAAGACCCGGAUCUCCUUAUACUGGCGGUAGACCUCAAUCUGCCAAUUCUGUUCUUACCAAGGCUGAAGAAGAACUCUAUGAAUUUGCUGGUAUUGACUAUGAUAAGGUCACUAUUAUGCGUAAUCCUUCUGUCGCUGUUCUUUACGAACAAGCCUUGACCUAUGAACAAGGUACUGUCAUUUCUUCUGCUGGUGCACUUUGUGCCUACUCUGGUAAGAAGACAGGUCGUUCCCCCAAGGACAAACGUAUUGUAGAAGAACCUUCCUCUGUCAAGGAUGUAUGGUGGGGACCUGUCAACACGCCUAUCAGUGAACGUGUCUUUUUGAUUAACCGUGAACGUGCCAUUGAUUACUUGAAUACCCGUCCUCGACUCUUUGUGUUUGAUGGUUAUGCCGGUUGGGAUCCCAAGUAUCGUAUCAAGGUCCGUAUCGUGGCUUCUCGUGCCUAUCAUCUCUUAUUUAUGCGUAACAUGUUGAUCCGUCCCACCGAUGAAGAACUCGAUAAUUUUGGCACACCCGAUUUCACCAUUUUCAAUGCAGGUGAAUUCCCUGCCAAUCGUUACACCACAGGUAUGACCUCCACUACUUCUGUUUCCAUCAAUUUCAAGCGUAGUGAGAUGGUCAUUCUUGGUUCUGAAUAUGCUGGUGAAAUGAAGAAGGGUAUCUUUACUGUCAUGCAUUAUCUUAUGCCCAAGGCUGGUGUCUUAUCUCUUCAUUCUUCUGCUAAUGAAGGUCCCAAGGGUGAUGUCUCUCUCUUCUUUGGUCUUUCUGGUACUGGUAAGACCACUCUUUCUGCUGAUCCCAAGCGUAUGUUGAUUGGUGAUGAUGAACAUUGUUGGUCUGACGAUGGUGUAUUUAACAUUGAAGGUGGUUGCUAUGCCAAAUGUAUUGAUUUAUCUGGCGAAAAGGAACCCGAUAUUUUCAACGCCAUUCGAUUUGGUGCGAUUCUUGAGAACGUUGUUCUUGAUGAAGAGACCCGUGAUGUAGAUUACUCUGAUGAUUUCUUGACCGAGAAUACACGUUGUGCCUACCCUAUCUAUCAUAUUCCCAAUGCCAAGAUCCCUUGUAUGGGUAGUCACCCCAAGAACAUUAUCUUGUUGACGUGUGAUGCCUUUGGUGUGUUACCUCCUGUCUCCAAACUGACUGCUGAACAAGCCAUGUACCAUUUCAUCUCUGGUUAUACCACCAAGGUCCCCGGUACGGAAGACGGUAUUGUUGAACCUCAAGCCACUUUCUCUGCUUGUUUCGGUGCACCUUUCCUUGUACUUCAUCCUCAACGUUAUGCUACCAUGUUGGCAGAUAAGAUGUCCAAACAUAAGGCUGAUGCAUGGUUGAUUAACACGGGUUGGAUUGGUGGAUCUGCUGCUACCUCCAAGCGUUGUCCCUUGAAAUAUACCCGUGCCAUUUUGGAUGCGAUCCAUAACGGUGAAUUGGCUAAAGCAGAAUUUGGUAAGCUUGAUAUCUUUAACUUGAGCAUUCCCAAGGCUGUUACGGGUGUACCCUCGGAACUUUUGAACCCCAAGACUGCUUGGAAUGGUACUGCAGCUCAAUUCGAUGCCUCGCUUCGUAAUGUUGGUAAAAUGUUUGUUGAUAACUUUAAGACUUAUGAAGAUAAGAGUGCUCCUCAAACUUUGGCUGCUGGUCCCAAGCUCUAAAUGAAAGACAGAAAGAGAGCUCCAUACCCUUACCCAUUUUUUUUUUUUUUUUUUUAAAAGAUUAUAUUUUUAUUUUGUCUCUUAUGUACAUAAAAAAACUCUAUUAAAAUAAAAUA